AUGCCUUCCCGCCCAGCACCGAAUGACCACGUCCACGGCCUCUCUGGGCCUCUCGUCUCCGAAGUCCUUUCCGACGACCCCAUGCAACUUUUCCCGAAGCCCACCACGCUGUUUCCUGCAGAGACAGUCCAAUUGACGAAUGAAGUUCUUGCCGCCGUGUCGUCAAACGUUCGAAAUGCGAAUAUAUCUGAUGUAUUCCAUUUCGCCGAUCCCUACACCGACUCGACUCUUUCAAAGAAGAAUCCACGAAGCUGCAAAGUGAUGCCCGGGGACGUGUCCUGGCCCAAGAAUCUGCUCUGGAAUACUUUAGAUACCCUACUGGGCAAACGACUGAUCAAGACAGUACCGCUGGCUGCAUACGGCUACCUCGAGUGGCCGGAGUACGAUGCAGACAAGUGCGCUAAUAUUACCUCUCAAUGGGUCGUUUCCAAUCUCCAUAUGGAUGACCCAGUUUCCAUUAUGCUGCCCCGAUACGAAGGUAGAACUUGCAUGGCGCCUGGGUACAACUACACCAACACCUGUGAGUUGGGUAGCUACCCGACAUACGUUGUCAAUGCUUCUACGGUGGCCCAGAUUCAAUUGGCUGUCAACUUCGCACGUAAUCUGAACCUUCGUCUCGUGGUGAAGAACACGGGUCAUGACUUCAAUGGCAAGUCAUCCGGUAAAGGUGCUCUGUCCAUUUGGACCCAUUGGUUCAAAGAUAAGGCGUUUUACCCACAGUACAAGGCCGCCAAUGGCUAUGUCGGACCAGCCAUUAAAUUCGGUUCUGGAGUUCAAGUCGGGGAAGCCUAUGAGUACGCGAAGAGCCUCGGCGUUAGCGUCGUUGGCGGAGAAGCUGUGACUGUUGGUCUGGGAGGUGGCUACACUGCAGGUGGUGGUCACUCACCUUUGAGCAGCAUGUACGGCAUGGCUGCUGAUCAGGUUCUGGCUAUGGAAGAUAUAUGUCUAACGCUUUGUUGCGUAUUUGUCUUGGCUGACGGGCGCUUCAUUCCUGCAUCCUCUACUGAAAACUCCGAUAUUUUCUGGAUGCUUCGUGGUAGUGGCGGAAGUACCAUUGGCGUUGUUACUUCUCUGAUUGUCAAAGCUCUCCCGAGAUUGCCAACCACCACUGUUACGUUUAAUUUCACCAUCAACGACGCGCCCAAUGUCGAUGCGUUCUGGAAAGGAAUUGAGGCCUACUUUGACAAUUUUGAGGAUUUUGUCAACGCAGGUACCUACGGCUACUACUAUGUUGGAGCGUCGGCCGUUGAGAUUGGGACUCACCAUGCUGGAUCGACCGACUACUAUUUCCGCAUGCAUUCCUUCGUGGCACCUAACAUGACCAUCGCUGAGACAAAAGCUCUGCUUGCUCCAUGGUACAAUGUUCUCGAUAGCCUGAACAUUACCUACACACCAUGGUAUUACCAUGCGGACAAUUUAAUACGUCGGCGCUGCCGCGGUCAAAACCGCCUCCCGCAGUCCGGCGCCUACAUGAGCAAGGCUGAUCUGAUCGAGCCGAACCUGCAGGAGGCCUUCUAUGGGGCUAAUUAUCCCGCUCUGUACGCAUUGAAGCAGAAGUAUGAUCCCACUAGUCUGUUCUUUGCGCUGACUGCUGUUGGUGCGGAGGAUGGGGAGGUCAGGACCACUGAUCCUUUGCCGUAUUCUUGGAAUAAUAAUGGACGGCUUUGUCCUGUUUCUUUAUAG